CUGGGAAAAUAAUAUUCUUUAUUCUUUAUUUCUUCAGGUGAAGACAGAUUCAAAAAGCAGGUCACUGGACGUCUUUGAGAGAUGUUUGAGAAACAACCCUACGAUAGUCCCCCGAUGUACACCCCACCUUCCAAUGGCUUUGGACCACCAGGGAGCUUCCAAGACCCAAGGAGUGAAUUUGAUCCCUACCCUCCAGCUCCAGGAUCUUACUAUGUGGGUGAGGAGGUACCACAGCAUUUCUACAAAUGGUUCUCCCCUCCGGGAAUUGUGAAGAUUAUGGUAGGAACCGUUAUAAUCCUCUGUCUGGGAAUCUUUGCCUGUGUGGCCUCGACUCUGGUUUGGGACAUGCAGUAUGGAUUAGGUUAUGGAUCUGGACAUUCCGGCUAUCCUGGAUACGGAAGUGGAUAUGGAUACGGAAGUGGAUAUGGAUACGGAAGCGGGUAUGGAUACGGAAGUGGAUAUGGAGGCUACUACAAUUCUUACCCGACCCCUUACUCGGCAAAGACCAGCAUGAUUGCCGUCGCUGCCAUAAACUUCAUCAUCGCUUUGGGGUUCUUUGCAGCCAGCUUCUCCAAAACAAACAUGUUCCGCAGCAGGAAGUUCUACCUGGUGGUGCUUGUUGUCUGUUCUAUAAUGGCAGUGAUUCAGGGCAUUAUAAACAUUGUGUACAUUGUAGGAGUGAACCCUAUGGCCCAAAGCUCCACCAGCUCAUACUACAACCCCAUGCUUAUGAUGUGUCAGAACCUCUAUGGCAGCAGUGUGACAGGAAUGGGGGCCGGCUUUCCCAUCUAUAACCAGUACUUGUACCACUACUGCUACGUGGACCCGCAAGAGGCAGUUGCAAUGGUUUGUGGGUUCAUGGUUGUGGUGGCACUGGCUGUGGCGGCCUUCUUCUCCUAUAGGACCAGAAGUAAAAUCAGGCACUACGGGAAACCAAACAUCUACUGGGAUGGACCACUAAUGGGAGGACCCGAGGGCAGAGAUGUGGAGGAUUGGGUCAACCAUGUACAGGAUGGACAGAGCGUGCAGGAGGCAUCCAUGGUGUUUUCAGAGAAGAUGGCUCCUGUUCUGGCUUCGGCCCCCAGUGUCGGCUCCAUCCCCCUAAAGACUGGCAGUUUCUUUAGCUCUGAGUCCCACAAUGUUAUCGGUUACCCUGAGCGCUCUUUUAGCCGCCCAUCUCACUCCACAUCCCCGUCUGGAGAAGUGAGCUCCAGCCCCUCCGACCAGACAGACACCAUCCACAAACCGUCUGCCUCCAGGGGCAAGAGGCGCAGGAGGAACCCUGAGCUGGACGAGUCCCAGUACGAAACCGAGUACACAACGGGAGGAGAGACUGCCAAUGAUUUUGACGAAGAUCUAUGGACACGUCUAUAUCCAGAGAUCACAUCUGAUGCCCAGCGACACGAGUAUAAGAAAGAGUUUGACUCGGACCUCAGGACCUAUAAGGAACUGUGUGCCGAAAUGGAUGACAUCAACGAUCAGAUAAACAAACUCAGCAGAGAGCUGGACACACUUGAAGAGGGCACGUCCAAGUACCAGGCUGUAGCCGAGGAAUAUAAUCGUCUCAAAGACCUAAAACGGAUGGCAGAUUAUCAAAACAAGAAGCACCAAUGUUGCAAACUGCGCCACAAGCUUUUCCAUAUGAAACGAAUGGUUAAGAUCUACGACCGCCGUCAGUAAUAAUGAGCUCCAUUAAACCACCACACCUGCUCUCCUUGUUAAACACUUCUGCAUUUAACUGACAAAGCCUUCAAAUGACUGUGUGACCAAAGUUGCCCGAAACUGCUGUAACCAUGGCUUCACCCAGUGCUUAUGAUUAACCUGAGCCCUAAAGAUGAUUGGAAACAAGGACCAGAGAUUCCGAAAACCGGUCCUUCCAAAGUCUUUCCAUUACCUGGAACUUGUUCUUUCACUGGAAACAUCUGCCUUUUUUUAGAGUGAGUGACUUCAUAUAGCCUGUAAAAUGCCAUAAAGCAUAAAAAUAUUGUUGUUCUGUUUUUUUGUUGGGUGCGGUUGUGAGUGCUAACUUCAAGGUCAGCUGAUUACAGCGGUGCAUGUGUUUGUUGGAGGAAAUGUACUUUAGACAGUCCUCUCCAACUGAGUAAUUUGCACCUGCAUUGGCAUCUACGCAGUCAGUUUCCUUGUGUAUUACUGUAAAUGAGUUGUGUGUUUUAUUGUCUGUAAAGGUGUAACUGUGGGGCACUGCUUGUUUUCAAGUCAGAAAACAUAAAAGAUUUUGUUUCGAGGUGUGCUAGAAUAGUUCCCAGAAACAACUGAGGUAUUUAGUUGAGCAGUUGUGUCCUAAUGGUUAGAGAGUCGGACUUGUAACCCAAAGGUUGCGGGUUCGAGUCUCGGUA